CUGCAAACGCUGAGGAAAGUUCGCAAGCGGCGGGAGAUGCUGCUGCAGCAGCUCGGCUUCAUCUGCGCCAUCCUCUUCUUCGCGUGGUGCAUGUCCAGCCUGCUCUCCCGGCUCGGCCGAGAUUCUGCUAUCACAGACAGGCACGUGUUAUCAGAAAUAUGGAGGAACAGAAGGUUGAUGGCCUUGCCUAAUGGGACACAUGAUGGAAAGAACUGUACAGACCCAGCAAUUAAUGAAUUUCCUCAAGACAUAUUCACAAAUAAAGAACGGCAGCAAGGAGGGGUUCUGCUUCAUAUCCUGGCUGCUCUCUAUAUGUUCUACGCUUUGGCUAUAGUGUGUGAUGACUUCUUUGUUCCAUCCUUAGAGAAAAUUUGUGAGAAACUACAUCUGAGUGAAGAUGUUGCUGGAGCCACGUUCAUGGCUGCAGGAAGCUCCACUCCAGAGCUGUUCGCAUCUGUUAUAGGUGUAUUUAUCACUCAUGGGGAUGUAGGAGUAGGAACCAUUGUUGGUUCGGCAGUUUUCAACAUUCUCUGCAUCAUUGGUGUCUGUGGAAUAUUUGCAGGACAGGUGGUGAAUCUCACCUGGUGGGCUGUGUUCAGGGACUCUAUGUACUACACAUUAUCUGUGAUCAUACUUAUAGUUUUCAUAUAUGAUGAGAAAAUAGUAUGGUGGGAAAGCCUUGUACUCAUCAUUAUGUAUUCAUUCUACAUACUUACCAUGAAGUACAAUGUGAGGAUACAAAAUUUCUUCACCAUCAACAGCAAGAAUGUUAGAAAUGGUGACACAGUCAACAAUGAGCUGGAAGAUGGUAAUAAAUGUUAUGCCCCUAGUUGUGAUGACCCAUCCAUUCCAUUAUUAUGGAAAGUGAAGGGGAUGCAGCAGUACGGCAAAAACAGUGUGGUCAUGGUGGAUGAGAUCAUCUGCUCCAGUCCCCCCAAAUUCCGGUUUCCCGAAGCUGGCUUACGGAUAAUGAUUACAAACAAGUUUGGACCACGCACCAGAAUGCGGAUGGCAAGCCGCCUCAUCAUCAAUGAGCGUCAGCGACUAAUCCAAUCUGCGAAUGGCUCAAGCAAACAGCUUCAGAAUGGGAAGCAUGAAAAUAUUGAAAAUGGGAAUAUCCCUGUGGUGAACCAAGAGGAAGAAAACGAGCAUGACAAUCUGUCUCCAUUUUCGCUGCCAGAUGGAAAAAUGAACAAAGUAAAAUGGAUUUUGACAUGGCCAUUGAUAUUCCUGCUUUUUUGCACCAUUCCAAACUGCAGCAAACCACGCUGGGAGAAAUUUUUUAUGCUGACAUUUGUCUUAUCCACUCUCUGGAUUGCCUUGUUUUCCUACUUUAUGGUGUGGAUGGUGACUGUGAUUGGAUACACCCUUGGGAUACCAGAUGUGAUCAUGGGCAUUACUUUCCUAGCUGCAGGAACAAGUGUCCCCGACUGCAUGGCCAGCCUAAUAGUAGCAAGACAAGGCCUCGGUGACAUGGCAGUGUCCAACACAAUAGGGAGCAACGUCUUUGACAUUCUGGUGGGCCUUGGUGUUCCCUGGGGUUUGCAGACCAUGGUGGUGAACUAUGGAUCAUUCGUUAAGAUAAACAGUAAAGGACUGGUCUAUUCAGUUGCACUUUUACUAGGAUCAGUGGCACUUACUGUGAUUGGAAUCCAUGUAAAUAAGUGGAAGCUUGACAGGAAAUUAGGCAUCUACGUAUUGUUUCUUUAUGCUGUUUUCCUGUGUUUCUCUAUAUUGAUAGAGUUCAAUGUCUUCACUUUUGUCAACUUCCCCAUGUGCCGAGAAGAACUUUAAACCACAGUAAGGAGAGACACUGAGAUUCUGUCGAUUACAUGUGCUGUAAACGACCGGAGACUUUUGACAUUUCUACCAUGUCUCCGUCAAUAAUUGAGCGUCGUUCCUGCUUCAUCAGCUCAUAAGCACUUUUACCUGGGUGGAAGGAAAACAUCUUUCGUUUAACAUGCUCAGUUGAGGCAACCAAAGCAUUUUUCUCCUCUUUGGAUAUUGCUGCUCAGUCAUACAGCUGUGUGGAUCUCACGCAGAAUCCUCAAAUGUCCUAUUUCUGGGACAUACGGUUGAGUUUCUCAUUCUCUUACAGACAAUCAAAAAUGACCACCAAGGUUAAUAGAAAGACUGGAGAAAAAUCUUUAUAGUUCUUUUGUUUUGGACAGUUACUGUCCAUGGAGGAAGAAGAGGCAAGUUCAGAACUCUUCUUGGCUCAGUCAAAAUGUCUCAGCUAUAGACUGGAGAGUCCAAGGCACAUACCAUGGCAUGCACUGUUGAGGACAUAAUUUUCCCCUUCAAGUGCUCUGCUUAUAAAAGAACUGCACGGACAGUUUUUGAUGGGAAUGUUGACUAUUUAUCACUCUUUUCAAUUAACAUUAUUGAGCAAUGAACAACCUUUUGGAGAAAGAAGAGGAAAUGGUUGAUGUUGUAUCACUUUUGAUGAUGCACACUAAAAGUAAGAGUAUCUGAAUAUUGAAGAAGCAAAUUUCAUGCUGAAAUUCAUACUUGAAAAGUAUGCUUUACCAUCAACAAGAAUGCUGUAUACAUAAAUAUAAACUAACAUUUGUGGAAUAUUACUCCAUGAGAAAAAAAUGCAUUGGCCCUAGUAAGUCCACUUUGUAAAUUUAAAGGAAAGUAAUUGAAUAAAGUCCAACUGGGUGUACAGUAACUAUCAAUUAUUGUUAUAAUCUGAGACUAGUAUCUUAACACUAUCCAGGCUUUCUGACAAUAAAACUCACCCUGGAUAUAAUUUGAUUUGAGUGGUGGGGGAGAGAAGCUUAUUCAUCGUUAAUGUAUCAAGAAAGAAGUGUAUUCUUCUCCAUUUUUUAUUUCUUUCUGCAAGCUUAAU